AUGCGGUUCUCCAUAUCUGUCAGGCUGUCCCCAGCCGCGUCACCGUCGCUGCCCAUCACCACUGUAUCAUCAUCGGCGCUCGGCGGGUACAUGGUGGAUGCACGAUUGGCCGCUUGUGGUGACGUCACGCGGGAGCCACCGCGCGACAUACGCCUCCCGUUGCGCGACACCUGGCUGAUAGCGGUGUCAUUACCGGUGGAGGACAUAAUGUGA